CCGGGGGCGCGGCCGAGCCGCUGGCCGCCGCCCAGCCCGACAUCGUGGCGGCCUACCGGCUGCAGAAGGAGCGCGACUUCGAGGACCCCUACAACGGCCCGCCGCCCGCCGCCGCCCCCGACGGGCCCCGCUACGUCUCGCCCAAGCACCGGCUCAUCAAGGUGGAUGCGGUGGAAAAGGUGCCCGCCAGCCCCCCGCCGCCGCCGCCGCUGCCGGUCCCCCCCAGCUCGCCCCCAGCCGGCCCCGAACCGCCCGACGAGCCGCCGCAGGAGCUGGCUGUCCUGGAGGACUAUGCAGACCCCUUUGAUGCGGCACAGGUGGCAGGCAGCCAGGCAGGGCUGGAGAAGGUGAUGGAGAAUGACGGAUAUAUGGAGCCAUAUGAAGCCCAGAAGAUGAUGGCUGAGAUCCGCCAGAAGGGCUUACGGGAGGCUCCUGCCCGGCCGCUUCACCUCUAUGACACUCCUUACGAGCCUGUGCUGGACAUGGACAGUGACUGCCCAGCUUGCCCCAGGCCCAGGGAGUCCCGUCUGCCCGAGGAUGAUGAGCGGCCACCGGAGGAAUAUGACCAGCCCUGGGAAUGGAAGAAGGAGCGGAUCUCCAAAGCCUUCGCAGUUGAAAUCAAGGUCAUUAAAGACCUGCCAUGGCCCCCGCCGGUGGGACAGCUGGACAGCAGUGAAAGCCCCCUGGACAGGGAGGCUGGUGCCCCCAUCCCUCCGCAGCACAGCCACGAAGACGCCAAUGGUCCAUCGGAGGGGCUGGGGUAUGGCCGCACCUCGCCCUGCAGGGAGGAGAAGGCCAGGGCUGUCCUCAGGCAUGGCUCCAGCAGCCUCAAGAGCACAAAGACACUGACCGCUGAGCCUGGCCCCUUUGCUGGGGAGAGGAUUGACCCUGCCCUGCCCCUGGAGAGCCAGUGCUGGUACCACGGGGCCAUCAGCCGCACGGAUGCGGAGACGCUGCUGAGGCUGUGCAAGGAGGCCAGUUACCUGGUGCGCAACAGCGAGACCAGCAAGAACGACUUCUCCCUCUCCUUGAAGGCAGGAGCUCCAUUGAAAAUACACUUUCUUCUUUCUUCAUUUAGAGCUUUCAGGAGCAGCCAGGGCUUCAUGCACAUGAAACUGUCCCGGACACAGGAGAACAAGUACGUGCUGGGUCAACACAGCCCGCCCUUUGACAGCGUGCCGGAGAUCAUCCAUCACUACGCCAGCCGCAAGCUGCCCAUCAAGGGGGCUGAGCACAUGUCCUUGCUUUACCCGGUGGCUAUCCGUACCCUAUAGUAAUCACCCCUACGAGCCAGGCUCAAGGCUGGGUGCACCCAAAACUGGCCCAUCCACAGGGCUGAGCGCCGCCAUGCCGAGGAUGGGCUCCAGACCGUCAGCUCUCUGGGCACAGCCAGUGCUGUUGGGGAUUGCUGCAGCCAGGCCCCUCGUCCUGCUCUCUCGGGGCUCUCUUGCACUGGUUUGCGUGCUGGCAUGGCACUGGAAGGAGCUCCUGUGCAAGGAGCUGGGUGGGGCACGCCAGCUGUCCACACCUCCACACCUGCCUCCUUGGCAGAGCUUGGGAUGCCAGGACUGGAGCUGGGACCUUGGAGAGUGCAGGGAGGGGGGAAGUGUGUGUGAGGACGGGGAUGAAUCACACGGUAGCAGGCCUGAGGUACCUCCAUGAGGGUGCCUAGCUCUGCCCAUGAGAGACAAAACAGCUGUGCCUGCAGGUAAGGAGGCUGGCAGGGGUUAGCAGGACCUGCCUGCAGCCAACAAAAGGCAUGCAGGGUGCGAGGCAGGCUUGCCCUCGCUGCACCGGUGCUCAGUACUCACUGCCAUCCUUUGCCAAACGUAAAUAGUGACCGGCCUUGGCCAUGUGUCCACUGCCUAAUAAAGCGGUGCAUGGUUGUUUCCUGCUUCAUGGGACUGUGUGCCCACAUCCCACCACGAGAGGGGGAUCAGUGCAGCAAAACAGUGGAAAGGGAAAUUUUGUUACACAAAAGCUUUAAGGGAAUUGAUUUUCCCUGUGCUGUUGCAUACACCGAGAUUGGCGUGCCUGUUGAGCCAGUGCACUCCUCUGAGACACAGGGGACAAAGGAUUCUGGUGGUCGUGUCCUUGCCAUGUCGUUGAGACCCUUUGCGGGCAGUGAUGAGCUGAUUUUGAACUUGCCUGUCACUCCCUGUAGAAGAGUACCCUUUGGGAUCUUUUGCCUUCCUGUUUUCCUUCACCUCUCUGAAUCUUACACAAAGUCCCUGAAUUUCACAGAGCUCCUGAUCUCCUCUGAGAAUUUAUGGGCUCUGGUCCUGUUGUUUGUCUUCCUGACUCUUGUCUUUGGGCCAGCUUGCUCCUUUUUUUGGCUGAAUGUCUCUCUGGUGCUCUGUAUUGUUUCAUACAUACCUUGCCUUUUAACCUUGUUCCUGGUGUUGCUCCUGCACUCAUGCACAUACAUUUCUUCUAUCCAUGCUUCACCCUAAGUUCCAUCCUGCUGUUACUCCCCAGCAGCACAUUGCCUUUCCCCUCUGCUUUCUGGGGGGGGAUGACAGCAGCAAAUUCACUGCUGGACCAGCAAAGCCUUUUCUGUUAGUGCAGCAAAGCCCUCAGGCACUGGUGGGAUGAGUUAGCAGUGGCUUGAUGAAGGCUUUGUGAAAAAGCAUUAUCUUCCCCUCUGCCUGCUGCCAGGCAGAAGCUGUCCCUGCUGGUUGCUGCAGGGGCACUGAGGUGAUGGCUAGCACUGUGGGGACUGUGUGUGGGUGAGUUCUGCUGCCACUGCAGGAACCCUGCUCUGCCAUCUGGGCCUUUGUGGUUUUUCAGACUCGAUCUUAGCUGAGAGAUGGCUGUCCUGGCUUCCCUGCACAGUUUUGAGCUGCUGUGGGGGCCAUGGGGCACGGUCAGUGUGGUCUGUGAAUGCAUCCUGUGAUCCAGUGCCUGCAGAAGUGUGGUGGGUUGUUUCAGGAUGCCUCAGGCUCUUCUGCUCCUUAAAAGGCAGCGGAUUGAGCUGGUCAGUGUCUCCCUACAGCCCACUUGACUGCUGGCAGCUCUGGCUGCCUCUCUCCAUCCCAGGGAAGCAUUUUGUCCAGUGGGAAUGGAGGUGACUCCUGUGGGAGGGCUUUUUUUAUCUCCCAGAGCCCGCAGGAAGGGCUGGAGAUACAGAAAUCUGCAGCGAUGCUGCUGGGUGCCCUUUCUGCACUUAGAAGGUUUCAACUGCCACGUGGGAGCCCUGCUGUGCCCUGAUGGAUCCAGUGAACAGCUGCUCAUGCGGGAUCUUCUGCCUUCUUGGAGGCUGAGGGUGGGAAAGAAGAGGCUUCUUGUGUCUGGGCAGCUCCCCACAUAGUGUGGGACUGUUUUCUUGAGGAGCUUUGGCAGAGGGUAAACUGCCUGGGAGCCAGUGUUGGCUUUGCAGCCUUAUGGUGAAAACCUGCUCAAGCAUCCUGGCUCCAUCUCAGGAGCAUCCCUACUGAGCACAGGGAUGAGAGAAAUGAGAUUCUGUGUGCAUUGCACCAGCCCCCCAGAAACAGUCCUGGACCAGCAGGACUGCUCUGCAGCUAGGCUGUGUGUCCAAGUGCUUCAGCAAAGUGGCUCCUGAUUGUUGCUGUGGGAAUUACAUCCCUCCUGAAAUCUUUCUUCUCCAGGCUGAAGAAGUGAAACUCCCUUGUUCUGCCCCUGACCAUCCUCAGCAGGACUCUGACUCUCUUCCUCUCUUCAUGUACUUGGAAACAGUAUCCAGGUGUGGUCUCACCAAUGCCAAAUAAAGGGAAAUAACCCCUUCCUUUGUCCUGACCACCAAAAA